CAAAUGCUGCAUACAAAUGCUGACAAUUUAUUUGCUAUUGCAAAUUUAAAGCGUAGCUUUGCUCAAGUUUUUAAACGAAUUCUUUAAUGCAUUUGUCAAGCUCUCACUUGAAAUAUGCCAAAAUCAAGCUGCUGGCGUUGGGGAAUGUUAAUAAAAAAUAUGCUGAUUCUAUCGCCAACGACUUUGACGUUUCAAGCACCGUUUCCAUUCUACCAGAAGCGUCAGCUGAGUCUGCUCAAUCUGAGCGAGAAGAUAAUGGUCUACUCCAUUGAGGUGGACAAUCCGAAGCUCUUCGAAGUGAUGCCUUUGAGAGGUGUUCUAAACACAUACGCCACCAUUGAGUUGGCCAUUUUGAUGAAGCCAGUGACGGGAAAUCUGCCAGCCAGCAGACUGACUGUGAAAUACAUGGAGAAACCAGAGAACUAUUUAGAGAGUCUGCCACAGAAUUGGAGUGGAGCAUAUACAACUCAAGUGGAUAUGUUGCUGAUGAAUUAUGUGGCUGAUGAGAAAGACUUGAAGAACAUGGCAGUUGAUGGCGAUGGCAGUCCCGAUUUGGAUGAUCUGAUCAAGCGUUUGCAACGCUAUAAACCUGUGUGCACCAACUGCUGCCUGAAGCGCAAUAAUCCAAAGGCAAACGAAUCCAAGUCUAGACUAAGACAGCUCUUUUGGCCACUUUGCCUGGCUGCUUUAUCAGUCGGAGUUAUUGUUGCCCAUCAAUGUGUGGUUGCGUGGUCUGAUGACAGUGCCAACAAGAUCUUUUAAAUGUGCCACAAAGGAGAAGAAAGAGGAGGACGAGGAGGACGACAACAAUGCAAACCAAUUAUUGAAUUAUGCAAAUAGAAAACAAAGCCACAGGCAACGGCAACGUCUCUGCUCUGCUUUGGUUUGCUGAUAAAUCAAUCAUACGCGCCGUUGGCUGCGGCUUUAAAUCAACUUACCGGUUGUCUGGCUGAUUAACUCGACUGCUAUUUAACCCACACACACGCACAUCAUACAAACACACACACACACACGAUCACUCUAUGGUAAAAGCUUCUAUAGGAUAAUGAAGAUUGUAAAGAAUGCCACAUUAAUGCAGCAUCUACUUGAAGAAAACUUUCUAAUGGCAACUUAAUAUACAACGCGUCGAAUACAGGAAAUACCUAAAUAAUUAACUAUAGCAAUAUUAAUUUUAUUUGUAAUUGUAAAACUAAAAGUAAAUACAAUUAAAAUAAAAUUAUACAAUUAUACAUAUGUAU